UUCACUGGUCAAACACUAGCCACGUGAUUACCGUUCUUUCUUCCUGGGCUGGAAACCAGGGGAGGUUCAACAAGUUAAGCUGAAGACUGAAGCCGGAGCUGGGUCAGGUGGCCACUUUAGCAGCCCUGGACCUCCACAACUAUGGCCUCCUGUGCAGACUCAGAUAAUAGCUGGGUACUUGCUGGCUCUGAGAACCUGCCUGUGGAGACUCUGGGCCCAGAACCCAGGAUGGACCCAGAAUCUGAGGGAGCCUCCCAGAUCCCUUGGGACCCCUCCAAGGCAGGUGACAAAGAAUUAACUGGAACCUUGGAUGGAGAAGAGAUGCUUUUCCAGACAGAAAGUUCCCAGAAUGAAAGUGCUGCUCUGCCAGAGAUGACUAAGGCCAAGGGCACUCUGGGAGGUAAUGGUCACGGGAUGGACCCCCCUGGAGACACAGUGGUCCAGGAAGAUUUGCAGGAGACGCCUGUGGUGACAAGCCUGGGACCAGACACACAGGACCUGGAGAAUGAGAGCCAGCCACAGAACCUGUCCUCAAGUCCCAAAGCAGUUUGGAAAGAGUUCCACUGCUCCAGCAGUGGUGAUGACACUGAUGUGGAUGUGGAAGGUCUGCGGAGACGGAGGGGCCGGGAGCCCAUCCCAUCCCAACCUGUGAUACCUGUGGAUGUGGAGGACCAGGCCAAGGGCGAGGGGAGAGGUGGAGAGCUGGGCAUCCCCCUCAACAUGUGUCUCCUGGGGGCCCUGGUUCUUCUGGGCCUGGGGAUCCUCCUGUUCUCUGGUGCACUGUUGGAGCCUGAGACUGGGCCCUUGGAAGAAGCAGAGCUGCAGGUCCUUUCAGAUACUGGGCCAGGGGCUGAGUUGGCUGAUACUAUGGGGAACAGGCAGGAUGAGAUAGAGCAGGUGCAGGCCUCAGUUCUACCAGGCAGUAUCCCCAGCCUGCAGAGCAUGGGGCUUCUUCUGGACAAGCUGGCCAAGGAGAACCAGGAUAUCCGGCUGCUGCAGGCCCAGCUGCAGGCUCAGAAAGAAGAGCUUCAGAGUCUGUUGCAUCAGCCCAAAGGGCUGGAGGAGGAGAAUGCUCGGCUCCGUAAGGCCCUUCAGCAGGGCAAGACCUCCCACCAGGCCUUAGAGUCAGAACUGCAGCAGCUCAGGGCCCAGCUCCAGGGGCUAGAGGCUAACUGUGUCAGGGGCGUAGAUGGUGUGUGUCUCAGCUGGGGUGGAGGCCCACAGAUUGACAAGGCCAACAACAAUCAAGGCCACCGUGGUCAGGAGCCUGACUCCAGCUUAUUAGAGCAGCAAAGGCAGCUAGAGGCGGAGGCCCAGGCCCUAAGGCAGGAGCUACAGAGGCACGGGCAGGUGCUGGGAUCUAUGCACCGUGACCUGCAGAGGGCCUUGCAAGAUCCUGGCCAAGGAGCCCCAGCUCAUGCUGACCUGGCUGAACUUGGUCACGUGUUGGCCCAGACAUUGCAGGGCCUGGAGAAUUGGGGUCAUAACACUGGCAUAGCCUCCAAUAACUCAGAGGCCUGGCACCAGAAGUCCCACUUCCAGAAUUCCAGGGAGUGGAAUGGAAAGGAGAAGAGGCACAGUGGGCACAGGGACCAGAAGGCCGAGUACUGGAAGUAUAGGAAGGAGGAGGCAGGCCGGGAGAGGAAGAAGAACUGGAGGGAUGAGGGCAGGGAAUCAGCAGGUGGGUGGAAGGAAGACAAGCCAAGGGGAGAAUAUGAGAACAGAAAGGAUGGAAAGCGACAAGACCCCAAGGCACACCCUAGGAAGAGUGGGAGCCCCCGCUCUGGAGAAAGGCAGAAGCAUUCUUGGGGGGAAGGCAAUAGCCCUGAGGCCCUGUCCUCCUGGGAGGAGCUUCUGAGACGCAAGUACAGGCCCCCUCAGGGCUGCUCAGGUGUGGCUGACUGUGCCCGGCAGGAGGGCCUGGCCCUCUUUGGCGUGGAGCUGGCCCCUGUAAGACAGCAGGAGCUGGCCUCUGUGCUGAGAACAUACUUGGCGCAGCUAUCCUGGGCAGGGCAGCUGACCAAAGAACUGCCCUUGUCACCUGCUUAUUUCGGAGAAGAUGGCAUCUUCAGGCAUGACCGCCUUCGCUUCCGGGAUUUUGUGGAUGCCCUAGAGGACAGCCUGGAGGAGGUGGCACUAAAACAGACUGGUGAUGACGAUGAAGUGGAUGACUUUGAGGACUUUGUCUUCAGCCACUUCUUUGGAGACAAGGCACUGAAAAAAAGGUCAAGGAAGAAGGAGAAGCACUCUGGGAAUCCCAGAGUUGUGGGCCCUAGGGAAGAGCACAACCGCCAUCCCCACCACUACCACCGUGGCUGAGCCCUGGCCCUUUGGCAACAGUGGGCCUUGGCAUGCAGCCAGCUGAAGAUCCCUGGGAUUAUGUGACCCUAGAUCCUAUGCUCUCACUCUCCACGUGUCCCUCUUGGCUUUUUAGUACCCUUGAAUGUCCUUCCCAGAAGAAAGCAAAGUUCUUGGCCCUGUACUUUUGCUAGAAAAAGGCCAUAAAUGGCUCUAUUGAACUGUCUAUUCAAAUCUAUGCAAAUGCUAAAGCUCCUGGGAACUAAGCAGUGUGUAGGGGCUUGGUGUGUGUGUGUGUGUGGCGGGGUCGGGGGUGGGGUGGCUGCUAGAAAGUAUUCUUAUUCUGAAGCCUAAGAGCUGUACUUCCUUUGUGUGGGUCACAGGACCACAGCAGAGCCUGCCACCCUGGAACUGCUGGUUGGACUUGGCUCCAGCCUUGCCCUGGGGUUUUGUUGGCUUUGGUGGCAGCCAUCCCCAAACAUGAAGCUUUCCUCUUUUCAUGAAGCUUCUGUUGUGGCUUUCGCCUCCCCACCUGAACUGUGGAUCACUGUAGGGCUCUGUCUCUAAGUGCAGGGGACACCUGGCAGUUCCCACUGCAGUGGAUAGGAAGACACUGCGCUCAGCCCUCCCAUCCUGCAGGCUCUUUCCCUCCACUCACCCACCUUUCCCAGGGGGCCUAGCCUUGAGCCCAGCCACCAAUUGCCUCAUGAUUGCCCCAGUCCAGGCUGGGUGGCCUCAGUCCAGGUCAUCCUUCACACUUGGUGUUUCUAUCCUUAGAAAGGGGCUGCAGGGUUGGGGAACAGAGUAAAUAAAGCAAGGGAACAACAUCCUGCUUUUGCCACA